GCUCAGCUCCGAGGCGGCCUGGCCCGGCCCGGGCCCUGACUCCCCCCCCCGCCCGGCUCGGCGCCCCCAGUGCAGGACUAGCCCGGGGCACCCGCAGGCCCGUGGCGAAGCCGGGACGAGCCCCGCUGCGGCCAGGGCCCCUGCUCCGUCCGCCGGGCCGCGUGCCCGCUAGCGGAGCAGCCGCCGCCGUGGUCCCAUCGCAGCCGCCCACGGGGCGCUCGUGGCUGGCGGCACCGUGGGGAUCGCAGUGCCGGGGUUAGUGGCUAGCGCAGGUUUUUGAAAUGGAGGAAACUGGAGCAAUAGAUUUUUGUGCUUUAGAGAGAGAACUGCAGGCUGCAGUUGCUGCUGAUGAAAAGUAUCAAAGAGAAAAUGAUGCCAAGUUCCGAGCCGUUCAUCAGAAGGUGGCAUCCUACGAAGAAUUCAGGGAUAUUGUGCUGGCAUCACACCUGAAACCUCUAGAGAAAAAGGACAAAAUGGGAAAAAAGAAAAACCUUCUGUGGAAUUCCUAUGCUACCCAAGCUAACGGCAAGCAGGACAGAGAGAUGGAACUAGCCCAGGGAUGGGAUGGACUCCCUGAAACGUCCGCAGACUUUUACAGAUAUUGGCGCAGAUGCUUGAAAAGUGGACAGGAAAAAUACCAGUUACUGUUUCAGCUCGGCGGCAAGGGCCUGGGCAGAAUCUUUCAAGCUGAUGUUGGCUUUGGUCUCCUGGGUGAAUUUCUUGUGGUGCUGGCCGAGCAUGCCUGUAGGGAAGACAGAGAAGCUGUCCUUCAGAUAUUACAGAGCCUUUGUGGGACCAACCGCUUUGGACUAAAUGUGGCUCUCCUGAGCCAGGUGGAGAAGGAUAGCUGCAGGGACUUGUUUGGGAAACUGCAGAGUAUGGGCAGGAAUUGUGGUGCUGAUGGCCUUCCUGCGGGCACAGCUGAAGCAGGUACAGCUGCUUUACAGGAAGAGGAGAAUGAGGCUGAGAGAGAAACCCAUCUGAGGGGAGCUGGCCAGCGAAAGGGGGCAGAUGACAAACUAAUUAAAGAGCUGGUGAAAUGUUACCUUGUUAGCUGAAGGAGCACAGGCUCUCCCUGCAGCUCACGCUCCACCAGGGUUACUAGGAACUGAGGGCCAGGAGGGACCCUUCCUGUACUGCUCUGUCAUCAAAGAUGGAAGGACAGUGAGAGCCCCUUUUCUACAGAAAGUUGUUGAUUGAGUUUUACUUUGUACCUGCUUCACGUGCCUGGUACAAAUAAAUAUUAGUCACCAAAAGGAUUUUACUGGGGGAGGGGCCGUCACACAGGAGGCAACACUUGCUGUGAAUCAGUAGAACAGUAUUGAAUAUACUGUUUAGGGAUGGGGAAAAAAUCACUCUAGUAUUAGUGGGAAAAGAUUAAUUCACCUCUUUUCUUUUCUCUGGCUCCCUGUUCUUGGUCAACACGGGAUUUUAGAAACAUAAGCAGCUGUAUUAUAAUAGUGAAACAGGUAACAGCCCAAUGAGGAAUGGGUUCAUGUGUACAGCCAUGUCUGGGACUGAUCUGACCCUCUCCUUAAACAGAAUCUGGGAUAAAUACAUGGAAUGUACAUUGCUAAUUUCCACAGUCAUACUCCUGGGGGCAUGCUGGGGGCAAAAAAUUAAAAAUUCUGCACCAAAAAUUAAAAAUUCUGCAAAUUUUAUUUGUCAAAUGUGGAGAAUCCAGCGUAGCGUUGGGGAGCACAGUCAAUUGGCUGCACAGAGGUGGGAGGUCACUCUGUAGCUCCCCCCGGGAUAUGGACUCAGCGGUGAUUCUGCACCCAACCCUGACACGGUGCAAGAACUGGGCCUGCCCCAGAAACACCCCAGGACCCUGCUGCUCUGUGCCAGGUGCACCAAGUGUGGGCCAGCAGGCUCAACCCAGCAGGAUCCAAGUGUGGAAGGGCUCAGUGUGAGGGGAUCCAGAUGUGCAUUGAGAGGGUUCUGUAUGGGGCAGUAU